AGAACCCUUUUGGUUUGGGAACUCCGAGUUUUGGGUUGGGAUGUAAGUUACGGAGCUGAGUUUGUGCCGAGUGCAGAAGAUGGUUACACCGUUAUUGUAUCAAAGACUAGAAAGAUUAGCCCAACCGAUGAGCCUGUAAUUUCUGAUACAUUCAAGAUUAGUGAACCAGGAAAGGUAGUGCUCACCAUUGAUAACCAAUCCUCCAAGAAGAAGAAGCUUCUCUAUAGGUCCAAGACCAAAUCACUUUCUGAAUAAAAUUCAAGAAUCCAAUGCCAUUUGUGGAGCAUUGCAGAAAUAAGGAACAGGGUCUUUUGUUUUUUGUUUAAAUUUAAAUUUUUGUUCUAUAAAGUAUGGGGAAAUUUAUUUAUAUUUUUUAUUGGGGGGUUUUUGUUAUUUGGUGUUUGGAUUGGAUGCAAAUCACUGGUAAAGAAUGCACUGGACAAGACACAUCUGAGGUUGUGUUGUGGGAGGUUACAAUGUUUGUGUCUCCAUUGUGGACAGUAACUCUGUUAUGAUUCUUACUUUUACCUGUAAAAUUUGUGUAAAUGUGAUGGUGUAAAACUUCUCUUCUAUUACCAUUUGUUACAGAUUAAUUUUGUUUUGCUCUUUGUACAA